CAGAUGUCAUAUGUCAAAAGUCCAAACUAUGAAACUUGUCAAGUAAAAAAGUGUCAGAUUCAAUCUAUAAAUUGUAAAAAAACAUAGCUACAAAAUGAAAUUUUAAUGUUUUCGUACAUCUCUAAUUCUACAAUUAUAUUGAAUUAAAUUAUUUGUAAUAUAGCAGUAUAAAUUAUUUAAUCAUCGGUUCAUGCAGGCCUUGUCGUCUGCGCCGUAACAAGCACUAGUAAGAAGAAAAUCGUCAGCUGAUAUUUAGCAAACAAAAUCGAGGUUAUGUAAUAAACAAUUACUUUCGGAAAAUUCAAGCCACAGAAUGUCAGCGCACAAUAAGUACAGGUAUAUAUGGAAUACAUUGCUAAGGGCAUCAGCUAACUUAAGAUCCAUUCAUAGUAUUUCAUUUCACAAGACAUCAAGACGUAAAUAUACCGUACCUUGCGCAAUGGGAUUCUCUCUAUUUACGUGGCUUGGAUUUGAAAAAAAACUAAGUGCAGAAGAUGAGCUUAUUCACACCAUAAAGCACUGUAUCUUAUUUAUUCAAAAAAAUGAAUAUGAGAAAGCUGAGCAGCUACUCCAUGUGGCUUUAAGACAAGCACAACAAAUACACCAUCAACUUGGAAUAACAUAUAUUUAUGACGUCAUGGCAAACUUAGCUCUUCAAAGAGAAGAACUAGACAAAGCCAAGCAGCUUUUUAUUAUUGUCACACAAAGAAUUAUGGCCAAUGGUGUUCUAGAAGAUGAUCCUCGGGUAGUUCAUCUCAGUGUUAAGUUGGCAAGAGUUAGCCAUUUAAAAAAAGAUUACUCUACUGCUAAGUUAGGAUAUGAUUGGUGCUUGGAGAAACUAUAUAAAGCAGUAGAAAUUGAUCCCACUGACCAUUCUAAAAAACUUUUGGCAAUGACUGAAGAUUGGUAUGGACGGCUCUAUCUUGAGUGUGAGCAAUUUGAAAAAGGCCUAAAGUACAUGGUUCAUUCCCUGAAUAGGAUGAGGGAAGUUCCUGAUAUUGAGAAGGAGCAUUUAGUAGUACAGUUGAAUGAUAUUGGCACAGUUUAUGACCGCCUGGGAAAGGCAGGUGAGAGUAUAAGCUACUUCAAAGAAGCAAUUGAUUUAGGCAAGAAUCUAGACAUGGAUCUAGGAACCAUGUAUGUAAACCUUGGAAGGGCCUACUUAAAGUCACAGUUACUUGAUGCAGCUAGAAAGUCAUGUGGUCAUGCUUGGAAACUUGGUGUCAUGUCGAAAAAUCAAGAUGUUAAACAAGAAGCAGAGUUAUGUAUAAAACAGAUAAACAACCUCGGUUAAUGUAUUUUUUAUUUAUUUAUUUAUGAAAAAUAUUGUUGGCAUGUUUUCCUUAUAAUAUUGGUACCUAAAUAAAACUUUAAAUUGUGAAUUUAAAGAAUAAAAGUAUGUCAUCAAUUGUCUACUUCGUGCAGUAUAAUUGAGACACAAACUAAA